AUGACUACGGUAGUUGCUGUUGGUACUCCCCUUGCGGAGGCCUUGAGUAAUGUCAUCCAGCCGAAGCUGGUAGAGAUGGGAUGGAGCUCCGACGGCGGCGAUGAUUCAGCGUUGACCGAAUACGUGAUUCUCAUGCUUGUCAACGGCAAGACACAAGAACAGAUUGCUGGUGAACUCUCCAAUGAUCUCCUCGGACUCGGCGAAGGUGAUACACAGGCCCUGGACUUUUCGCGAUGGCUCUUCGAACAGGUCGAAUUCCUCAACCAACAGCUCAACGGCGGAGGUAUUCAACCAUCAAUUGAAAUCGACCCUGCGCAGGCCAUUCCAUCCUUUAACGACCAAGACUCCGCCAAUAACCAAGCGAUGAUGACUGGAGAUGGCACUAUGGAUGCUGAUAUGAGCAUGGGCGACACCGGAGCUGCAAACGAUACGAUGUGGGUUUCUCCCUUCGACUCUGCGGCGGUGACUUGGGCUGACACAGAAAACAAUAGACCCACAGGACCGAAAGCAAUGCGCAACAACAGACCAGGCGGGAGGGGUAGGAUGCUGAACCAGAUCAACCGGCAACUAGACCGCAACGAUUCUGCGUUACACCGCGUCCGCGGCCAGCCCGGUAGUGGACGUAUCAAUUCUCAUGGCCGUGACCAUACAAAGGGUCGCUUCAAUCAGCAUGGCGGAGGAAGGAUGUCGGGCGGCCGUCAGAUGGGUGGUAUGGGCAUGGGACCCAAUCAAAUGCCGGGUGGCCCAGGCAAUAUGAUGAACAUGACCCCGCAUGAUCAGAUGCAUCUCAUGUCUCUACUUGAAGAGCAGGCAAGGAUGAUGGCCCAGUUUAUGCCCGGCUUUGUAUCUCCCGCAAUCAACCCGGCUUUCCAACAGAACGGACCGCAACAGGGCCGCUCCUUGUUUGACCGCGUGGAACGCCAGCAGGGACGCCGCCACUUCAACAAACGAGACGACAAGAAUGCCGAUACCGAUAUGGACACAAAGCCCGACCAGGGUGGUGAGCAGGAUGAAAGCAAUACGGACUCGAUAUGUCGCUUCAACCUCCGGUGUACCCGGAGAGAUUGCCCGUUUGCGCAUCAGUCACCAGCUGCCCCCGAGGGCACUCCCGUCGAUGUGUCUGACCCAUGUUCUUAUGGAGCCGCUUGUAAGAACAGGAAGUGUACCGGUCGCCAUCCGUCACCCGCCGUUAAGUCAGCGCAUCAAGCUGAGGAGCUGUGCAAGUUCUUCCCUCAUUGUGCGAACCCCCACUGCCACUUCAAGCAUCCUUCGAUGCCCUUAUGCCGGAAUGGCGCAGAUUGCUCGACUGAAGGGUGCAAAUUCACGCACGUCCAGACGCCUUGCAAGUUCAAUCCUUGUCUCAACCCCUCGUGCCCAUACAAACACGCCGAGGGCCAGAAAGGAGCGUUCGCGGACAAGGUGUGGACUGCUGAUGGACAAGAGAAGCCGCAUGUGAGCGAGAGGAAAUUCAUUUCCGAUGAGGACGGUGCAGAGGAACUGAUUAAGCCCGGUGGCGCCGAAGAGCCUUCCCAAACCAACCAAGAGAUUGCGACAUAA